AUGGGGCAGUUUGCCCCAGGUUCCGGGCCCCGCAGGGGCCCCCAUGAGAUUGUCGGAGGCUCCCCCCCACCUCCGCCUCCGCCUUCCCCCAUCCCCUGGCGCCUCAGCGCGCUGCGUCCAAAAGCGGCCCUGGACGGCGCUGCAGCAGCAUGGCUCGGGGAGAGCCUGAGCUCCUCCCGCUCGGAGUGGCGUGGUGCUGAUGAGCUGAAGCUGGUGGAUGGAGGCAGCCCCUGUGCCGGGAGAGUGGAGGUUAAACACCAGGAUCAGUGGGGGACGGUGUGUGAUGACAACUGGGACAUGACAGAUGCUGGGGUUGUCUGUAAGCAGCUGGGAUGUGGAGCUGCUGUCAGUGCCCCUCGCCGGGCUCAUUUUGGAGCAGGAUCUGGACCAAUUUGGCUGGAUGAAGUUGCCUGUGAUGGUACCGAGUCUGCUCUCUGGAACUGUGAGAACGAGGGAUGGGGUCAGAGUGACUGCAGUCAUGGAGAGGAUGCUGGAGUGACCUGUUCAGGUCGCUCUGAAUCACUCAGACUGCUGAAUGGAGAGAGCCGGUGCGAUGGGAGAGUCGAGAUUUCCCUCCUUGGUGUGUGGAGCAGAGUGCUGGAUGACCAGUGGGACAUGAAUGAUGCCAGCGUGGUGUGCAGGCAGCUCCAGUGCGGAGUCGCUGAGAAAGCUUAUACCCCACCUAAGUCUGAGCAAGGAAUGGGCCCCGUGGGGCUGAGAAGGGUCCAGUGUGCAGGAAAUGAGACUCAUCUGACUCUCUGUGACAACUCCACAUCUGAGACAGCCCAGGCAGGAAUUGCUGAGGACGUUGGUGUCAUUUGUUCAGGAAGCCGGCAAAUCAGACUGGCGAAUGGGGCAGGUCGCUGUGCCGGGAGAGUGGAGAUUUAUUACAAUGGCAGCUGGGGGACAGUCUGUGAUGAUUCCUGGGAUCUGUCAGACUCCAAUGUUGUUUGCAAACAACUGGGAUGUGGACAUGCCAUUAAUGCAACUGUCUCUGCUCAUUAUGGGCAAGGAUCCGGGCCGAUCUGGCUGGAUGACGUGAACUGCUCUGGGAAUGAGUCCGAUCUCUGGUCGUGUCCUUCCAGGGUCUUGGGCCAGCACAACUGCAGACUCAAAGAGGAUGCGGGAGUUCUCUGCUCAGAAUUCACAGAUCUGAGGCUGGUGAGCGACAGUGACUGUGCAGGGCGGCUGGAGGUUUUCUACAAUGGGACGUGGGGCAGUGUUUGCUCCAAUCAGAUGUCUGGAGUCACCCCAGCAAUUGUCUGCAAACAACUGAACUGUGGGGAUGGAGGGCAGAUUGCAAGAGACUUUGCGUAUGGAGCAGGUUCUGGUCCCACGUGGCUGGACCACGUUGCAUGCAGUGAGCAGCACAGCUCCCUCUGGCAGUGCCCGUCAGAGCCCUGGGAUCCAAAGUCAUGUGAUAACCGAGCAGAAGAGACCCAUAUUUCUUGCACUGGUGCUGAUGAGCUGAGGCUGGUGAAUGGAGGCAGCCCCUGUGCUGGGAGAGUGGAGGUUAAACACCAGGAUCAGUGGGGGACGGUGUGUGAUACCGACUGGGACAUGGAAGAUGCUGAGGUGGUUUGUAAGCAGCUGGGAUGUGGAGCUGCUGUCAGUGCCCCUGGCUGGGCUCAUUUUGGAGAAGGAUCUGGACAAACGUGGCUGAUUCUAAUUGAUUGUGAUGGUGAUGAGUCAGCUCUCUGGGAUUGCAGGCAUGUAGGAUGGGGUGCAGCCCAGUGCCUUCAUUCUUUUGAUACUGGAGUGAUCUGCUCAGGACACAUUAAGCCCCGGCUGGUUGGAGGAGACAGUGCCUGCUCAGGACGUGUGGAGAUAAAACAUGGAAACACGUGGACCACAGUCUGUGAUGCACACUUUGAUCUCAAAGUUGCCAACGUUAUCUGUAAUGAACUACAGUGUGGAAUAGCUGCAUCUAUCCCAGGAGGAGGUUACUUUGGAGAAGGACAAGGGUUGACCUUGACUGAAGAAUUCCAGUGUGUGGGGAAUGAGUCUCUCCUGUUCUCCUGUCCCAGGAUAUCACAAGAGAAUCAGAUAUGCUCACACACAAAUGAUGCUGGUGUCAUAUGCUCACGCCACACAGGUUUCCGGCUGGUGAACGGCAGCACAGCGUGCUCAGGGAGGGUGGAGAUCCAGGUUCUUGGUGCCUGGGGAACCCUCUGCGACUCACACUGGGAUCUACCAGACGCCAACGUUCUCUGUCGUCAGCUUGACUGUGGGUUUGCUGUAUCGGCUCCUGGAGAAGCGUAUUUUGGGAAGGGAACUGGCUCUGUCUGGACAGACACAUUUCACUGUAAAGGGACUGAAACCCAUUUGUGGGAUUGCCCUGUUACUGCUCUGGGGGCCUCUCAGUGCUCACAUGACAAUGAUGCCAGUGUGAUUUGCUCAGGUCGCUCUGAAUCACUCACACUGCUGAAUGGAGAGAGCCGGUGUGACGGGAGAGUUGAGAUUUCCCUCCGUGGUGUGUGGAGCAGAGUGCUGGAUGACCAGUGGGACAUGAACGAUGCCAGCGUGGUGUGCAGGCAGCUCCAGUGCGGAGCCGCUGAGAAAGCUUAUAACCCCCCUAAGUCUGAGCAAGGAACAGGCCCCGUGGGGCUGAGAAGAGUCCAGUGUGCAGGAAAUGAGACUCAUCUGACUCUCUGUGACAACUCCACAUCUGAGACAGCCCAGGCAGGAAUUGCUGAGGAUGUCGGUGUCGUUUGCUCAGGGAGCAGGCGGAUCAGACUGGUGAAUGGGGCAGGUCGCUGUGCCGGGAGAGUGGAAAUUUAUUACAACGGCAGCUGGGGGACAGUCUGUGAUGAUUCCUGGGACCUACCAGACUCCAAUGUCGUUUGCAAACAACUGGGAUGUGGACAUGCCAUCAAUGCAACUAUCUCUGCUCAUUAUGGCCAAGGAUCCAGGCAGAUCUGGCUGGAUGAUGUGAACUGCUCUGGGAAUGAAUCCAAUCUCUGGGCGUGUCCUUCCAGAGGCUGGGGCCAGCACAACUGCAGACACAAAGAGGACGCGGGAGUUCUCUGCUCAGGUCUGUUCUAUCUGAGGCUGGUGAGCGACAGUGACUGUGCUGGGCGGCUGGAGGUUUUCUACAAUGGGACGUGGGGCAGUGUUUGCUCCAAUCAGAUGUCUGGCAUCACCCCAGCAAUUGUUUGCAAACAACUGAACUGUGGGGAUGGAGGGCAGAUUGCAAGAGACUUUGCGUAUGGAGCAGGUUCUGGUCCCACGUGGCUGGACCACGUUGCAUGUAGUGAGCAGCACAGCUCCCUCUGGCAGUGCCCGUCAGAGCCCUGGGAUCCAAAGUCAUGUGAUAACCGAGCAGAAGAGACCCAUAUUUCUUGCACUGGAAAAAAAGCAAAACCAACUCAGACCCUGUUUGCCGAAUGCCCGAAUUCUCCAAGCUGCACAGACCAGGAGAAGUUACGUGUCGUGGGAGGAGAGGACAGAUGCUCGGGGAGAGUGGAGGUUUGGUACCGUGGCUCCUGGGGAACAGUUUGUGAUGACUCCUGGGACAUGGCGGAUGCUAACGUUGUGUGUAAACAACUGGGCUGUGGAACUGCUGUAUCUGCCCCAGGGGAGGCUGCAUUUGGCGAGGGGACUGGUCCCAUCUGGGUGGAGAAGGUGAACUGCAGAGGGACAGAGUCAUCUCUCUGGGACUGUCCUGCCAAUCCCUGGGGUGAGAGUAACUGUGGUCAUAAGGAAGAUGCUGCCGUGAAUUGCUCAGCUCCCCCGCGCCGCCGUCAGACCGACAGUGGGAGAGUCACGGUGCCCGUGAUCGUCUGCAGUAUCCUGGGGGCCCUUCUCUGCCUGGUCUUAAUCAUCCUGGGGGUGCAGGUGCGAAGUGCCAGGGCACAGCGCAGAGAUUCCAGAAGACCCUUGGAUCCCUUCUCUGAGGCCGUGUAUGAGGAGAUUGAUUAUAACCUGAUGAGAGAGAAGCAGGAGAUGUUCAGUCGCUCAGUCUAUGGGUCUGUGAACCUGGUGCCUUCCUGCAAGCGUUUUCUGCAAUUUUUGGCAACUUUCAUCACACUCGCUCAGCGGAAGCUGCACUAUGAAGGGUCCAGCAAGGAUCAGGCCCACCUGCCUCACAUGCUGACCGGUUCCAGCAGCUCACGGCUGAUGUUGAGUGGAAUGAGGCAGCCCGACUACAUCAUUUUUGUUGUGGACUUAGUGAGGAAGUAA